AAAUACUUGACAUUUGUUAAUUGUUAUUAUUUAUUGUUUAAUCCAUUCACGUAAUAUAAAUUGUUUUCAUGCUGUAUCUGAAAUUCGAUUCUUCGGGUGUGUUCAGUCAAUUAUUAAAUUAGAUUCGAUUAGAUGUAGUGUUUAAAUAACAUAGUUACAAUAUAUUUGAACAUUUAACAAUGGAUGAUUUUCUGCGAACGAUAACUUCAGAUUUUGGAGAUAUAGCUAGAAGCAUCGGGUUCAGGUUCAAUCAAUACAGUGAACCAGUGGACUGGGAUAGUUUAGAUAGAUUUGUUGUUGAUGAUAUUGUUGAGAAUGCUGAUGUACAGUCUUUGUCAAUGCUUGUAGCUAGUGUUCUCAGUUAUAAUAUUGAAAAAAUGAGUGUGUCGAAGAAAAUAUUUCGUCUAUCACAGUUGAUUAUUGACUUUUUAUUGCAUUAUAAAAAAAAUUCAAUUUUUAAGUUACUCAAUAAAGUAGAUUCAAUGGCACUCUGUGAGUUGUGUGGUAAGAUGUUCAUAGAUGUUAACUACUUGAAAUAUCAUUGUUUUAGACGGCAUAAAGAUAACUCAUGUAAUUUCAUAAGUUCACCCAAAGAUGAAUACAAUGAAAGUUUAAAAUCAGAAAUUGUUCAACUUCAAACACAGUUGAAUGCAUAUAAGUCAACUUUUCACAGUAGAUUACAUAAUUCUAAUACAUGCCAAGAAUAUCAGAGUUGUAAUGUUGUUCAUAAAAAUAUAUUAUCAUACCAUUUGAUUUCUCAACCAGGCGAUAAUCCUAUGCAGACCCAAGAGAUGUUUUGGAAACAAAAGUAUGAUAGCCUAGAAGAAAAUUAUAAUAGCCUUAAAUGUGAAUAUGAUAAAAAUCAAAAUACUAGCAAAACUGCUGUAAACCAUAGAUAUCAACAGUGUGAUUUAUAUAAGACUGAACAAUUAUCAAAAUAUGUACAAACUGAUGCUAUAGUUGAAAGUGAAAACAUUGUACAUUCUCCUAAACGUCCACCACGAAAUAUUGAUGUUAUACAAUGUAAUGAGAAUAAUGGAAACUGCAGUAUGGCAGAUGCAGAUAUAAACCACUAUAGUUUAGAAUUAAAACCACACAAUUAUGAUGUAAAGUUGGAUAAAGAUUUCUAUGAGUUAAAGAAACUAAGACUCGAAGCCCGUAUGAAUAUAAAUGAAAACAAUAUUUGUGAAGAUCAUUCUGAGACAUCUUCUGAUUAUGUAAACAGUUUAAAUAUUAUAUUAAUACUUGGUCAGACUCAAAUAAAUGAAUUAUUUAAAAAUGAUACUCUACUGGAUUUAAUAAAAUUUGAUGUUAAAGAAGUAGUUAAUAAAAGGUUGGAAGAAUUUUUUAAUUUUAUAGAUGAAAAUGUUGAGGAAGAUAAUAUUUUACUUGAAAAGAGAUUUUAUGAAAAUCAAGAAACUUGGAAAGACUAUAAUACAGAACAACAUAAUUCUCCAAAAAAUGAUGGAGAUAAAAUGUCGAUUAAAAAAAAUAAAACAGUUAUGUCAAAAUUAAAAAAGAAAGCGUUGCGCUUUAGCAAAAUCUUUUCUCCAGUUUCAGAUUUGAGGGCCUAAGCCUGAACGUUCACCCAUCUCUAUUAGAGAUGAUGUGUCAGUCCGGAUGAGAGAAACACAUGAACAAUGAACACAAGUAUCCAGCUCUGUAUGUAAAUGAUGCUCGAUCAAUGCUGGGCUGCAGAUCCCUGUAUCAAAUUCUAAUUACAGUUUAACUUCAUAAUAACACUAUUCAAGGGACUUAUGUGAAUAUUGUUAUAAGCAGAAAAAUUCACUAAUUGUAAGGGUUCAUUAAAAUAGAAAUUAAAGUAGAAAUGUA